UCCAGCUCGGACACUUUGAGAAAAAAACAGAGACGCAGAAACAUGGCAGAAGAAGCUCCAGCAGCUGCACCGGCUAAAGCUCCGGUCAAAGCCCCGAAGAAGAAGGCCGCCGGCCCCAAGAAGGAUGGACCCACACUCCCGAAGCUCAUCGUCGCCGCUGUGGCCGAGUCUAAGGAGCGGAAGGGGAUCUCACUGGCUGCGAUCAAGAAGGUUUUGGCGGCCAAAAAUAUCGAUUUGACCAAGGCAAACAAACGCAUCAACACCGCCAUCACCAAACUGGUGACUAAAGGGGUUCUGAGCCAGACUAAGGGCACCGGAGCCUCCGGCUCCUUCAAGCUCGCCAAGAAGGAGCCCAAAGACUCCAAACCGGUCAAGAAAGUGGCCAAGAAGAAGGCUCCCGUCAAAGCUAAGAAACCCGCCGCCGCUAAAGCUAAGAAACCCACAGCGGCCAAGAAGGCAGCAGCUAAGAAGACAGCGGUCAAGAAAUCCCCGAAGAAGGUAGCGGCCAAGAAAGCCGUUAAGAAGACACCGAAGAAAAGCCCCAAGAAGCCUGCCGCUAAGAAGCCCAAAGCUGCAGCCAAGAAGCCCGCAGCAAAGAAAAGUGCAGCCAAGAAGCCCAAAGCUAAGAAAACUGCCAAGAAGUGAAGCUGCUUCAUCUCCACUCACUCAUCACCAAAGGCUCUUUUCAGAGCCACCACAGCCUCCACUAAAGACUAAGAGAGCUGCUGCCUCACUCAUCACUACAUCCCUCUCACAAUACUACUCCCAUCAUUACAACAUUCAUGGAUCAACCUUCAUUUACAGAAAACUAGCAUAUUUUUGGAUCAUUUUAGCAAUAUUAAGGCUUUCUACUUGCUCUCUUCUCAUCCAGGUUUUGUCUUGUCAUUUUUGCACCAUCUGACUAUGAAGUCAUUCAAGCUUAAUCAUAAAAUUGCACUUCUUUCUAAUUAACUCGUGAUAUUUUGAGUUUCACAGGUUGAAAAGUGACCUUUAGAACGCUGCAGUGAAAGACCAUCCAAAUAAGUUCUGACAGUGAUCAGACCAACAAGUUACUACUCAGGGAAAAUUCUUGUACACAUAUUUCUACAUUUCUCCCUUCUGUUCAUAUAUAAAUAAGAGCUGAAGUGUAAUUCAGAAUAAAAAGAUGUAAUAUUUUAAAAUCAUUUUACUAUUACUUCUCUGUAACACAAUAUAUAUUUUACAAUUUCUAUUAUUUGAUUUUCCUGACAACUGUUUAUACAAAAAAGAAAAAUAACUUAAUUACAAUAUUUCUGUUUUGUUUCUAUUUUAAAUUGAAUAUACUUUGCAAUCUCAUUCUGCUCUGUUAAGUACUUAUGUCUUUGAUAAUAAUGUUCCCCAUUUUAAAGGACUGACCUCUAUCUGAGGAGGUGUUUCACAUGUGUGUGCUCAUUUAUUAUGACUUUGAUUUUAGUUUAUGAAAUGUGUUCUAUCAUUUUGAGAUUUAAAAAAAAGAACAAUAAAAUGUGAAACAUAUAUUUAAAGAAAAAUGUAAAUUAGAAGAAUUAAAUUAGAUAAUGUACAUGUUUUCAAUACCACCAUC